AUGUCUGAAAACUCAAGCGAGCCAUUUCCUUCGCAUUCUCGAUCGUCUUCCCUUUUGAAUUCUUCAUCGCCUUUUAUGAACUUGCAAAACCUGCCACAAACAGCACAAUAUAAUGUAGAAAAUACUUCGAACAAAGAUAUCAGAGUUGUUGUCGGUGUGGAUUUUGGGACCACCUUUUCUGGAUUUGCCUACGCUUAUAAAUCAAAUCCAAGUGAAGUAGUCACUAAUGACGUAUGGCCUGGGCAAACUGGACAAUUCAAAACAAAUACCGCCCUUUUAUAUGAUGAUUCAUUUUCAGUAAUAGAAUGGGGUUAUCCCGCACUGGCUCAAGAACCACAAAAAAAAUCAAAAGGUGCAAACAAAAUAAGGGAAUUGAUGAAACCUGUGGAAUUGUUCAAGUUAUAUCUUGGCAAUUUGGAUCCAGAUGAAGAACCCCCAUUGCCCGAAGGUUUGGACUGGAGAAAAGCCAUUACUGAUUACCUAAGAUGUCUGAACAAACUGAUAGGAGAAACUAUCACAACACGGUGGCCUGGACUUCAUUUUCCGAGCAAUGUUUUAUUUGUUAUGGCGGUUCCUGCUGAAUGGACUGAUGAGUCAAAGGGCUUAUUACGUAAAUUGGCAUAUGAUGCUGGAAUGCUUGAAGAACUGAAUUCGGGGAAUUUGGAAUUUACUACAGAGCCCGAAGCAGCUGCUAUACACUGCAUUCGAAUCCUUAAUGAGCACGCAUUAACUGUUGGAGCGCCAUUCAUGAUUGUUGACUGUGGUGGAGGCACAGUCGACUUAACAACGAGGGCAGUUCUACCAGAUCGACGACUAAGCGAAAUAACCAUACGAGCAGGAGACUUUUGUGGUUCUUCGUUCGUUGAUAAAAAUUUCUUAAAAUAUGUGGCAAAAAAAGUAGGCAUAGAAGCAAUGAUUAGUUUACGGGACAAUAAUUACGGUCAGCUACAAUAUCUAGUACAACAAUUUUGUUCACGAAUUAAACAUUCAUUUAAUGGCAACCCAGACGAAUAUAUGACAAAAGAUAUCGAUUUGGAGAGAACUUGUCCGGCUAUCAUGAAAUAUGUGACUGGCGAUGCAUUGAAGAAAAUGGAAGAGGAUGAAUGGUUGUUAGAAUUAGAUUUUGAGACUGUACGAGCGAUGUUUGAUCCUGUUAUUGAGAAAAUUCUUCAUAUGAUUAGUCAUCAGUUAUCGGCUUGUGGUGGAAAUUGUAUGGCUAUUUUUAUGGUGGGUGGUUUUUCAGAAAAUCAUUAUUUGACUUGGAGAGUGCGGCAUGCGUUUGGUAGAUUUGUUCCGACUAUAGCGGUGCCUAAACAUCCAAUUGCAGCUGUUUGUCGUGGAGCAUUGCAAUAUGGACUUUACAUGUCAACUAUAGAAACACGUGUCCUUAAAUGGACAUAUGGCACAGACUCAUUUAGGCCUUGGACACCAGCUGAUCCACCAGAACGUAGAACACCGACAGGAUUCAUCACAGUAUUUCGACCAAUAGCACAUCGAGGAACUCAAGUGGCCGUCAACCAACGAUUCACGUAUGAAGCAACACCGAUACUUCGAGAUCAAUCAAUGAUGACAUUCAACGUCUACGUCACCCCAUUCCACAAUGCUUAUUUCUGUGAUGACUAUGGAGUCAAAUUAUUGGGUCGACUAUCGGUUCAGCUUCCUCCUCUUCCCAUUGAAUAUCAACAAAAUCGGGUUAUUGAUUUCUCGUUGUGCUUUGGUAAGAUGGAAAUCACAGCUAUAGCGACGAAUCGACAGACUGGUGAAGUUUACCAGAGUAGUUUUGAUUUGGACAUUUAG